UUCCGUCCAGCACUAAAGCAGCCCUGAAGUCCAAGAUUGUUGCAGAGUUCACACCCCACUCGCUCAUAGAGCAGCUGUCGAGACAGAAGCAUGCUGCUGCUGAAGAAGAGUUCAGGGAGAAGCAGCUCUCAUCUUUCAGGCUGGACGCCUACAACGCCGAGGCCUUCAAGAGGCUGAAAGAUAAAACAGGAGGAAACAAGUUUACCAAAGAUUUUGAAGAUGGCAGUCAGAAGUUGCAGGACUUCAUCAGUUUCCUGGAGAAGGAGUUGAAAAAUGGUCCAUCUCUGCUGGAAGAUUUGGGAAAUGCAGACAUCUUCUAUGAAAUGCAGUACAAAGAAGUAAAAAUUGUGGCUAAUGCAUACAAUGCCUUUGCCAACCGUGUAACCAGUCUUAAAAGAAAGCUGGAUUCUCUCAAGGCAACGCUGCCCGGUCCUGAGGACUCUCCCAUCCCCUCGCCUUCUGAAGACGCCCCAUCGCCCACUGGAUCUGAUUCCCCUUUUCUGGAAAUGGGUGUUAGCAGAGCUCAGGUGGAUCCAGAGCUGGAUGGCAAAGCUAUGGAUGAAGGAGAUUUACAAAGUGACAACAGGGACACAGAGGACAUGGAUUUGUCUGAGGAGGAGGCAGAUGUUGUUCCAGCAGUAGAUGAAAAGAAAGACAAGUCCUCUCCUUCUGUUUCCAAGACUUUAAAGUCAGAGACAACGUCAAAACCUCCAACCACGCCUACGACGGUUUCUAAGCCCGUUGUGUCUGCUGCUGCUGCUGUCACCACAGCCCCAGUGACUCCUGUGCAUGCUAAAGUCACAAGUGCUCCAACCACUCCUCUGGGAGUCGAUCUGGCCAAAGUGGACCUCGGAAAGAUCAGCUCCAUUCUCAACUCUCUCACAUCUGCCAUGAAGAAUACAGCAGCUACUCCAUCACCACGACCAUCCCCUGGGACCCCCACAACCCCCACUGCCCAAUCAGCAGCCUCCAAAGCAAUCCCACCGAGUCCUGCUUUGGCCAGCAUCCUGUCGCGUGUCGACAUCACCCCUGAGGGGAUCCUCAAUGCUCUGUCCAAAACCAACACACCAGCUUUGUCCUCUUUGCUGCAAAGUGUGACAAACACCUCCACUGCAACCUCCACCCGUACCUCUCCAGAAUCGGCAAGCGCCAAAACCCCAGUAACCCCAACCACCCCAAAACCAAAACCCCCUCUGAGUAACAGCCUUAAACAGGACAUGCUUGGAAAAGCCAAACCCAGGGAGAAGGAAAGACGGCUUUCACCUCCCCCUCCACCUCCACCUCCUCGUUCUGCUGCUCAUGCAGUCUCUCCCCCAAGCUUAGAAUCUAAGAUCAACAGUUUCUUGCAGGGCAAUCCAGGUUUUAGUGUGGUCCUGGGUGAUGACAGUCCUGAUGGGGUGGAUGGGACCCCAGUGAGAGACGAGGCAGCUGGCACGCCGACACAGGACGAGAUCAUGGACACACCUGUAAGCAUGCCUGACUCUUCAGCCUCAACUGGAGGUCACAACCUCUCACCCACUGCCUACCGCAAUGAACCCUGGGAUGCCGCCAUCGUGUCAUCAAGCAACGACGACGGAAACGGUCUUGACAACGCGUCUCCCAGAUAUGGAACUGUGAAAAGGAGCGGCACGCAGGCUAAAGAUGACAAAGCAAAGAGGAAGCACGAUUCUCCUCCUCCGGAUAUGAAGGGUAAGCAGGAUGAGAAACGCGGCCCCUUGAAGAUUGUGGGAAACAGCAGAGCGAUGGGGGCCGGCUCUCGUAAGGUGAGCACCAGCUCUGACGACGAUAGAGGUCCGAGUGGAAAAAAGAAGGACAAUGGGAAAGAGUUUCCAGAAGGAGAUGCAAAGGGGGGUCAGUACCAUCGUAUUGAGACCCUCGUGUCGCCCCACACUGAGGGAGCACCCAUCCAGACUCUUGCGUUUUCUAACCGGCCGCUUGCUGGAGAACGCAUCAAGACGGUGGAGAGCAUUCGCGUAAUCGGUCAAAGCUCCCGACGAGGGGGAGGGGCUGGGAGUCGAGCAGGAGCUGCAAUGUGGCUGCUGGCCAUGUCAGCCCUUGUUACGCUGAUGAAGUGA